AUGGUAGAGUCCUGGCGAUAUCUGUUUGACGAUGAGGAAUACCUAGAGUCACGAAUCUUCCCGCCUCUUCACAAAAUCGUCCUCGGGUUAUGUCGAGAUGACCUAGAGCGGCAGCUCGAGCGCUCAACCUCAUUCAUCGACGAGCAGGAUAUCGAUGGACGCACUGCUCUGUCGUGGGCAGCAGCGAAAGCCAACCUCAAGGAUGUCGAUACUCUUCUCAAGUUCGGAGCAGAUCCGAACAUUCCUUCGAAGAGAGGACACACAUCUUUGAGCUGGGCUGCGCAAAGUGCGUCGAGAAUACGAAAGGAUGUCAUCCAAGCUUUACUGGAGAAUGGAGCUGUCGCGAACUGGGUCGACUCUUCCAAUCGCACGCCGCUGGUAUACGCGACUUCCGAGUUUGAUGACCCAGACUGUCUACGAUUGCUGGUAGAGGGUGGCGCGGACGUGAAUCUGCGUGAUUGCCACAGCAGAACACCUCUAGGAUAUGCCGCCAGGAUGGGCCGGGUGAAUAAUUUGCGCUAUCUUCUGUCCUGCGGCGCUGACUGCAAUAUCCCGGACCAUUGGGGCUACACUCCGCUGUUUGAGGCGGUAUAUCAAAAUCAUCACGAAGCCCUACAAGUGCUUCUUGCGAACGAUUCCACUCUUUCGUCAACAAAGGCAAAUGGAGGGAUGAGCAUAUUGCAUGUCGUCGCAGUGUCGGGCGAUCUUUUAACCAUUGAGAUAUUAGCUGAUCAUGGGGAUCUAACAAUCUUGUCAGAGGACUUGCCCAACGACGACGGAGACACGGCUCGAGACCUGUUUGCGAGACGGCAAUCAAUCGAAAAAGAACACAGAGCUGCGUUUGAAAGACUUCUUGACAAGGCUUCAGGUGGGCCGCGCUUCUGCUCCAAGUUCCAGGCCUGCAGUAUGUCCGAUGCCAGUGAUGAAUUUGACUUUGCCGUGGAAGGCAUGGACACAUUUGUAGACGCAGUUGAGGUACAGGCUUCCGUGGAGUAG